AUGAUGUCGGAUACAACUCCAAUCGAUAUUGGUGAGCCGUUACCGCUUGAGUACAACACAAUUAAACCAAGCAAGCCGAAUAAAGCAGUGGCGAAUGAUAAUGAUUUUAUUGGACGACUAAAGCGGCAAAUGCUGGAGCAAUUGGGAGCUCAAGCCGAGAAGAAAGAAAUGAACAAGACUAAAAAGAAUAUUGAGGGUACUUCAAAGCCGCCAGAAGUGGAAACAGCAGAAAAUGACUCGGUACCAACUAGAAAAAUCAAAAUAAGAAAAGUUUCAGGGCCCAAUAAGGUCAUAGGACAGCCACUUCCGUUGAGUUACUCCGCGGAAAAUGCAAUAAAAAGACAGGGAAUAAAGAAGUAUCAUGAUUUAGGUUGUCCUCUUCCCUUAAAAUAUGUGAAACCGGUGGUGAAACAGCAUUUGAAAAAUAUUUCUGCACACAGUAUUGAAGCAAACGGACAACACGCUAUUAUUGAACUAGAUACGAAGGAGAGGCAAAGUAUACCUUUAGAUGAUGAAGCUAGAUUGGUGUAUGAUAACAAUAAUGAUAAGGUAAGCGUACCUAGAGGAUAUAAGACUGGUUACGUGGUAGUUCUCAUAAUCUCAAUAUUAUGUUACAUUUCCUAUCUUCUGGCGGAUUAA